CUAUUUUUAAUUAAGUUUAUCAUUUAUUUAAUGGAAAGGCAUUGGCCUGGUGAGGAAGUUGUCUUGUUCUAAUCAUUCUCCCAGUGUGACUUAUUUUUAGAUGAUAACGAUCCUUGAAACUUUCCACUUGGUAUUUAGGUCUCGUGACAUACUUCACACUUUGCUCCACUCAUUCUCCAUUUAAAUAUAUGAAACUUUGCCUCUUAUUAUCGUCAUUUUGAUUGAGAGGAGCUCACUUUAUACAGUGUUGAGAUUCCCAAUAUAUAUAUUAUUGAUAUAUAGUAAUUGUGGACUGCACUAAAUCCAAAAUGCAAACACGUGCUAGCGGGUAUUGAUUUUCUAGUGAAUAAAAUUCUCCAAGAUGAUAGUCAUAUUCAAAAUGUUUGGAGAGUGUCAUGAAAUCACAAUUGAAUGUUGUGUGAUGCCAGACUGUGUCAUCCAUGGCUGACGAAUCUGGGCUCAUUGUCGACAUAACACCAGAACUGCAAAGAAACCAAGAAUGCAAGUCGUCGCCUCAGUCUGUGAAAGAGCGCCAUUCAACCAGGCGACAACAGUCCGUCCAAGGAAGAAUAUUACCAGUUCCAACAGAUGUUGGGGUAGCUUCAAGCAGUUCGUGCCACUCACUCUCCAAUCAAUCUACGGAACCGGAUGGUUGCGAAACCAGUGCAGCAUCCAGCAUAAACGACCUGACCUUCGAGGCAGAACAACUAGAAAGGGCAGUACGUCACAACGACUUGUGUUAUGUCAGAAGGAUGCUAGAGUUACAUCACGGACGAUUCCCUGUUAAUCUUCACGGGAGUCUACUAGAUAAGUCUAGUUGCGAAACCAAGAGCCAUUGCGUGAGCCAAGAUGUGGAUAUAUUGUUGAGGAAGAGUCAGACAUUUCUCGAUCGCCUGGACAGAAACGACAGCGUUUCGACAGAACAAGAAACACCACCCAUAUUUGCCAAUGCGUUACAUUUAGCUGUGGAGUACAAUUCGCAGGACGUAGCGCGUUUGCUGCUCAAAUAUGGCGUGGAUCCUAAUGAAUGUGGUGUAGGCUGCAACGACAUGUGGAGGAGGAGUAGCUACACCGGUCCCACGGAAGGAAGUCCCGCGGAAAUUAAGGGUAGAAGGUUUAGCCAAUUGCUCACUCCAGCCACGGCUCGACACUACACGGAUGGGAGAAGCUCCCCCGUAUUUCUUCCUAGACAAUUAGUUCAUAUGAGGAGAGAUAUCGCUGAUGAUCUGCGAGUGGUAUCGAUAGCCCCAGACGGACGCCCUUUGACUUACGAAGAGGUUUAUAGCAGAGACGUACUCUAUGCCUUACCGCCCUUGUUCCUAGCUGUAGUGCUCGGUAAUCCCGGGAUGGUGCACGUUUUAUUAAAGUAUAACUCCUCACCCAAUUUCCAAGACAGGCACGGGGUAACGCCGUUACAUCUGUCAGCUUGCGUGGAAAGGACGCCGUGUUUAAGAUUGCUCUUGGAGAGCGGUGGGAGGUUACACAUGAAAAAUCAUAAAGGAAUUACACCCCACGACUUAGCCGAUCAAAAUCUUGCUCAUUUGCAACAAGCGCUCAUUGACGAAGCGGUGAAUAGUUUCGUUUCUGAUCCCAUAACUGACGAUGACCCCUUGAUGUUCGGAAUCGGUUGUAAGCACACCCUCUUCAGAAGGUUUCAGGACAGCAAGUAUCAGAGACAUAUGUCAAGAAAAAAGGACUACUUAUCUGUAGACGAAGCUGCAAGGGGUUCUCCUGAAGGCGUUUCGUGUUCUUCCUAUCACAGUUCCUUACACAGUCGCCAUUCUAACAGAAGCAUUCAAAGUGUAAGCGUUUCACACGGCGAAGAAGAUAAAAGUAAUUCUGUAGAAAAGAAUCACGAAGAAGUUAAUCAUAGAAUAUCUCAUAAAAAAAAUUCGACAAGAAGUCAAGCCACGAUAACAGGAGAGAAUUUCGAUUUGAGAGUUUCCAGAGCAGAAAACAGCCUUCAUGUUUUAUCCAAAAUGGCUACGAACCCCGAAUGUCUUCUAUCAAUUUUGAAUUCCCUACAGUGCCAUCUAUCGUCGGUUAUAGAAUUAUGCGAUCACGUGGACGGAACUAAAUUGCAUAAACCCAUCGCUAUACUGAUGAAUCAGUUAUUGCAAACUAUCGUAGAAGAACAUCAUCGCAGGGAUAAUUUUAACGUCGACUGUCUGACCGCGUAUCUGGGUCGUUUCCUUUACGUCAUCUUAGGUUGCUUACGUGGAGGGCAUUCUCUACAGUACACAUCCCUAUUGUUAAUUAACAAGAUAAUCGAUGCAACUAUACAAAAUGGCAUUACUCAUUAUCAUAUAAACUCGAAUAAUCUGAUAGUGAAUGUCAACGGUGUAGAAAACAAGAGUUGGACAAUUAAGAAGGAAGAUGAAUGGAAAAAAGAGAAGAGCAUCUUAGAAAUCCUCACAGAUAGAUCGAUAGAUUUAAUUCUGAAUGUACUAAAUAAUGCUAUCACUCUGCACAAAAGAGUUGUGGGUACGAGACAACAUUGCACACCCAGUAGGAGAUGGAGGAAUUGUAAUUAUCAUUGUCUACAGAUAUUGAGUGCUAGAGCAAUUCUUUACCUGUCUCAAGCUGAAGAAGCACAAAAGAAAUUGCUAGAGGAUGGUCAUUUAAAGAUAAUUAUAGCGGCUCUCGAUUCUACGCACGAUCCACAACUCCUUUGUCUAGUACUUCAAGUGGUAGCUACGUUAGCGUUGGAACCAGACAACCAUACAGUGUUAAUAGAUAACGAUCUAGCCGAUUGUCUAAUUCAAUUGGUACUACCAUCGGACGAAUGGUACUAUACCAAUCACAGUACUAAAUACGCGAGAUUUGUUAAGCAUCACGCUGCUAGAGUAUUAGUGUACUUGGGCCUAGAGCAGAGAUUAAAGAAUAAAGUGUAUCUCUUCGAUUUAUUAGAGGAACCGACUCUUCCGACUACGGCAUUAGUAUCGUCGGAAGAAGACAAUUACAUCGUUCAAACGUCACUGCCGCCAUCUGUUGUCGUAGACGUUAACGGGAAGUGUAACGGGAUCUCCGUGGAAACUGUCGUCAUGGAGAUGGUUAAAGACGUGGAAGUGCGUAGUAGUCCGUGAGUAACCCAUGACAACGCGAUCCGUGCUGCCAUCUAUUAUCGAAUCGAAUUAUUAAUACAUCACGU